AUGGCGACGGCGGCGAAUACUACUAGGGCAAAGAACAAAAGCCGCAGUCCCGAAUCCUACCAUUCCCUCGCCCGACGCAACGAGGCGGCGGAGAUCCUGCAGAGUUACGAGAUGCUUUCCUGGUGGUCGUUUGCUCGAUGCGAAUCCCUCACCCAAACCCGCCUGCACUUCCAAAACAUCAUUGCCGGCUUCACGGACGAAGACGAGGCUUCUUUCGUCCAUUGGCGGGUCGAUCACUCGCCUCAUCCUGCCAAACAGGCGGCGCUGGUUGCGUCACGAAAGGGGAAGGAGAGGAUGAGUGCUGGGGUUGCGGGGGAUGGAGCUGGAUCUGAAGCUUCUGGACGACCUUCUGAUUUCGAUGCUGCUCCGGCUGGACGGCUGGUAGGGGGCGGUAGCCCGAGGAGUCGGGAGGCUGGGGUUGCGAAUGGGGCUGCUAAUGGGAGUCCGGCUGGCUCUGGUGGGAAGAAGAAGAGGAGGGCGGGAUGA